AUGUGUGAAUCACUCGAUGUUUCGACAAGUUCAUACACAUCUACGGCAAUAAAAACGCCGACAAUAGCGUCAUAUGAGUAUAAUACUACUGCUUUGACGUCGACGCAUACUAGCACAUCAACACCAAUAACAACUUCUAUAUAUUUAUCUCCUAUUCCGCCAACAACAUUGCCUUAUGGACCAACACCUAUUGCCUCGUUCAAAUCUGCUUCAUAUUCCACUUCUGUUGGGCCAACAACAUUGCCUACUGGGAAUAUUAUCUCGACAUUGACCAUCUACGUGCCAACACAUAUUGCUUCGUUCAAUUCCGACCAUGAAUUUGCUUCGUAUUCCACUUCUAUUAGGCCAACAUCAUCGCCUACUGAAAAUAUUACCUUGACAUUGACUACCCACGUGCCAACACCUAUUACCUCGUCCAAUUACGACGGUCAAUCUGCUUCUGCACUUUCUUAUUACUCCGACAUAGACUCUGUUACAGACGAUACACUAGACACACAAAACAUUUUUUUCAAGUAA